AUGGGUUCUGUGAAUUCCAGAGGUCACAAGGCAGCAGCUCAGGUCGUGAUGAUGGGCCUUGACUCAGCAGGCAAGACCACGCUUCUGUACAAACUGAAGGGCCAUGCGCUGGUGGAAACCCUACCUACUGUUGGCUUCAAUGUGGAGCCUCUUGAAGCUCCUGGGCACCUGUCUCUAACACUUUGGGAUGUGGGAGGGCAGACUCAGCUCAGGGCCAGCUGGAAGGACUAUCUUGAGGGUAUGGAUAUUCUCGUGUAUGUGCUGGACAGCACAGAUGCAGCCCGCCUGCCUGAGGCAGUGGCUGAGCUCAGGGAAGUGCUGGAGAACCCCAACAUGGCCAGCAUUCCUUUUCUGGUACUGGCUAACAAGCAGGAAGCACCUGAUGCUCUACCGCUGCUGGAGAUCAGAGACAGGCUGGGUGUGGAGAGAUUUCAGGAUCACUGCUGGGAGCUCCGGGCCUGCAGUGCCCUUACUGGUGAGGGGUUGCUGGAAGCCCUGCAGAGCCUGAGGAGCCUGCUAAAGUCCUGCAGGCAACUGUGUCUCCGUUCAAGGAGUGAAGAGAAUAAGAAAUCUUGA